ACAGCCAUCAAAUUUAGAUCCUCCAAUUCACAAUUUUUAGGGUUAAGACAAACCAGAUGAAGAUGGAUGAUGAUGAUGGCGUUCAUGCUCAGUUUUCCAUGUUUUGCUGGAAAUCCGCGCCACGUAGCUGCGCAAUCCGAUUGGAGCAUAACCCCGCUAAUGAGUGGCACGCAGGGGACGCGUGUCUGAGGAUCAGAACCUCUGUUGACGUAACAGACAGCUGUGCUGUGCGAGCUUCAAUCUGUCUAGGGCAAAGUGCGGGCGGAUCAGAUUCGGGCCAUGGUGGCUUAUAUUGGAUUGGCCAGGCAGACAUUCACCCGCAUUGCAAAUCCAAAUUGGAGUUCAAAGUUCAAGCAUUUUUAUCUUUACCUAGGGUUUUGAUUCACAGGAAAUGCCAAAGCAGGCGAGAAAGAGGAAGAGAGAGGCAGGAAAGGGUUCGAAGAAAGGGUGCAUGAAGGGCAAGGGCGGGCCAGAGAACGCUCUCUGUACUUUCCGAGGCGUGAGGCAGCGAACUUGGGGAAAAUGGGUGGCUGAAAUUCGGGAGCCGAACCAGGGCGCUCGGCUCUGGUUGGGAACUUAUGCCACAGCAGAAGAGGCAGCGCUCGCUUACGAUGCGACCGCCCGCUCGCUCUAUGGCACCUGUGCACGCCUCAAUUUGCCCUCAAGGUGUUCUGCGUCUGAAAACCCUAAUUUUCAUGGCGGCUCUCAGCCCUGUUCUUCUUCUUCUUCACCUUUAAAGGUCGAUGAAGAAAGGUCGAAAUGCCCGACAAAGGAUGAUUCGAAAGGAGGGGCUUUGGAGGGGCAAGAGCAGGGUGGUUUGGAGGAGCCAUUUGGAGAGCUUUUCGAUUCUCCGUCUCAUGCCCUAACUGAAAUUAGUCCCGUGUGGGACAACCACCCUGUGAGUACUUUGGAGUUUUCGGGGUUUGAUGAAUUGAAGGAAGAUGAGCUCCAUGCUUUUGAUGAUUGCUUUCAUAUGGAUCAAAUUGUUCUGAAGAAGUGGCUCUCUGAGGGUUACGAUCCAUUCGUUCAUUUAUCUUGGGUUUCUCCGGUGUGAUUCAUAGCAUAUUGGUUUAAUUGGGGAUUUUCCUGGCUCAGAUUCAUACAUUGAUCUUAUUUGUGUCAUUUGCCUGUCGAUUUGUUCUGUGAUGAGGUCGUAUAUUUUUUAACCAAAUGUAAGUAGUAUGGUCGAGGUUCGAAUCUCCAUUCAUACCCUCCCUCCGUUUGUUCAAUCUCAGUGCUGCUGCUUCUUCAUCCUAUUUCUGUUUUUCUAUAUUGUAUAGAGAAUUAUGCCAGUCUUACGUUGGUUUUGUCUGGAAACAGCUUUGGAAACGUUGAUUCAGUGAUCCUUUUUGUCAUGGAAUUUUUAAAUUUUGGUGCCCUGCAACUUUUCUGGUUUGUAAGUUUCAAUCUAGCUGUGCAUUGCAUUAUAUUGAAUCAUAUUU